AUGACUUCGUUCCAAUUAUCUAGAGGUACUUUAAAGGAGGUUUUUUCAAAGAAUGGAGAAAGUAAGGUUCGUUGUCCGUUGAUUUAUCAAAUCACCAAUAUGAAAUUGAUCAAUACCAUCAAUAAUCAGAGAAAGUACAGAAUCUUGUUAACGGAUGGUAUUUACUCGACACAGGGUAUUAUCGAUGAGAAGUGCACUCCGUAUCUUGAAAAUAACAACUGCUCGAGAUAUGCCACUAUACAGGUGAAUAAGUUUACUUUGUUGACCACCACGAAGCAUUUUUUUUUAAUUGAAGAUUUUGAGGUAUUGAGUAACAGAGGUGAAAAAUUGGUGGAACAGCCGAUCCUUGUGGAUAACUAUUUUGCUGAACACCCAGAGGAGGCUGAACAUCCAACUACUAAAAGACAGGACUCGGUUGAAUCAAAAAACGAGUCACCAGGACCUAGUGUUUCUACUCCGCCAGUUGCUCAAUCUACAGCACUUGGCCAACAACAACAACAGCAGCAGCAGCAGCAACAGCAGCAGCAACAACAGCAGCAGCAAAAAUACCCCAAACCAAGAGGAGCACCUGCAGGAUCUGGUCCUGGUUCCGGUCCAAGAAUUUCCCCCAUUGAAACGUUAUCACCAUAUCAAAACAACUGGACAAUUAAAGCAAGAGUCUCAUACAAGGGAGAUCUUAGAACUUGGUCAAAUGCAAAAGGUGAUGGAAAAGUAUUGAGUAUUAACUUCCUCGACGAGUCUGAUGAAAUAAAAGCCUCUGCUUUUAAUGAAGCUGCAGAGAGAGCUUAUAAUUUGUUAGAGGAAGGUAAAGUCUAUUACAUCUCCAAGGCUAAGGUGUCUGCUGCAAGGAAAAAGUUUAACAAUUUGACUCAUCCAUAUGAGUUAACCUUGGAUAAAGAUGUUGAAAUUACCGAGUGUUUUGAUGAAACUGAUGUACCAAAAUUAAACUUCAAUUUUGUCAAACUAGAUCAAAUUCAGAAUUUAGAGCAAAAUGCUAUUGUUGAUGUUAUAGGUGUUUUAAAAACUGUCAAUCCUGCUUUUCAAAUUACCGCAAAAUCUACAGGAAAAGCUUUUGAUAGAAGAGACGUUACCAUUGUUGAUGAGACUGGAUUUGCAAUAGAUAUUGGAUUAUGGAAUAAUACCGCUGUAGAUUUCAAUAUUGAGGAAGGAACAGUGAUUGCAUUUAAAGCAUGUAAAGUGUCCGAUUUCAACGGAAGAAGCUUAGGAUUAACUCAAGCAGGCUCGUUGAUAUCCAACCCUGGAACCCCAGAGUCCCACGUACUUAAAGGUUGGUACGAUAACGUUGGUGUUAAAGAAGAUUUUAAAACCAUAAAAACCGAAGGCGGGGCUGGCGCACUAUCAUCAAUGGAAAAGAUGGCCCAGCGUAAAUUGAUAGCUCAAGCUGAAGAAGAACAAAUAGGCACUCACGGAGGAGAUAAGCCAGAAUAUUUCACUACAAAGGCAAGUUUCUCGUAUGCCAAACCGGAAAAUUUUGCCUAUGCAGCAUGUCCAAAUGUCAUUUCCACUUCUGGUGAUAGAGCGCCAAAUUCAUGUAAUAAGAAAUUACAGGAAUACGAUGGUCAAUGGAGAUGCGAAAGAUGUGAUAAGAACUACGAUGAACCUACUUGGAGGUAUAUCUUGUAUUGUGCCAUUAUGGACAGUUCGGGACAAAUUUGGGUUACAUUAUUCGAUGAACAAGCCAAGAAAUUGUUGGGUAUGGACGCUGGUGAGUUAGUUGCCUUGAGUCAUUCAGAUUCAAUGAUUGACAAAAAUCCGGUUGCCGAAGUUAUCCAAAAGAAUUAUUUCAAAGAAUUCAACUUCAGAAUAAAGGCUAAGCAAGACACUUAUAACGAUCAAAUGAGAACCAGAUAUCAAUGCGUUGGAUUGACUGAAAUGGAUUUUAAUGCCGAGUGCGAUUACUUGUGCAAGGAGUUGGAUUCCAUGCUUGGGUAA